GGAGCCGACACGAAUUGUUUAAAUAUUGAGAACCUGCACUACAGGUCUUUUCUCAUAGGUAUAUCUUUUUAAACCCCUUUUCCGCUGCCGUUUCUGUCGUUGGCAUAAUCGACGUGCUGCCCUAGUAGUCCUAGAACCACCUACUGUGCUCUUCAGCUAUAAAAAUAUAUCAUUCAUAGAACCCAUAACGAAAUGAACUUCCGGCAUCUAACAUCGAUAAGUCUAUUCUUGGGCAUUUCGUCAGGAUGGAACACCGACGUGCAUAAUCAAAUCGGAUUCAUGGCCGAGGAGUUCCUGAGUCCUUACACAGCUUCUAUUCUCGGACAGAUCCUCGAGCCUCAAUACAAUGGCUCGAUAGGGCGAGCAGCAGCGUGGGCAGACGCAUACGCGCAUACACAAGAGGGCAGAUUUUCCUACCAAUGGCACUGGAUCGACGUCCACGACAACCCACCAUCAUCAUGCAACCUCAACUUCACACGAGACUGCGCCCCAGGAGGCUGCGUUGUAUCCGCGAUAGCAAACCAGACCAAUAUCCUGCGAGAAUGCAUUGCGGACGUUGAGAGUGGAGCUCUAACGGGGGGCACCAAUCUGACGUGUUCGUAUGCGUUGAAGUGGGUUUCGCAUUUCUUUGGAGACAUUGCGCAGCCUCUGCAUGCGUCGGAACGUGCUAUUGGGGGGAACUUGUUCAAUGUGACUUUUGGUGGGAAGAUUGCGAGGCUUCAUGCGGUUUGGGACAAAUGGAUACCCUACACCGACGCCAACGUGACCGCAUUCUCGACUCAAUCCAUUGACCCCUUCUUCACAGCGCUCGUCGCCCGAAUCCGGGCAGACAAGUUCUUCGAGGCUCCUUAUAUGUGGCUGGCGUGCAGCGACCCAACAACCCCGACAGAAUGUGCUACGCAGUGGGCACGCGAGAGCAACAAAUGGACAUGUGAUUACGUCUACGGUAAGGUCGAUCAAGAAUCGGAUCUUGCUACGAACGGAUACACGGUCGGAGCAUUUCCUAUUGUCGAACUUCAGAUCAGCAAGGCGGCUCUGCGACUAGGGACAUGGUUGAACAAGCUUGUGGGGACGCCAGAAACUUUUAAACAUGAAAAACAAAUUGUGCUGGGGUCCACUACAGAAUAGGGAACCCAUGAUUGAUCAUUGAAUCGCGUUUUUCUUAGCCAUAGUAUCUCAU